AUGAGUUCGGAAGACGGCGACGACAGUACAUUAUUUGGUAAAUGGGUGUCGUUGACAUAUGUCGGCGAUCAGUUUAACAUUGACUGCGAUCGUGUAAGUUGUGAGUACUUGUCGGUCGACUAUAUGGCCACUGUCCACGGGGACGCUAUCGUUAUCGUGCCUUCUUUGUUUCGUUGCGUGUCGCAGAUGGUCGCGCACACCAUCUUAUCCUCCCGUGACCGAAGCAGUUGUGGAGGACACGUCGAAAUCGUCAUACGCCGGUCGUCGAUUCGUUGCAAUUGUCCGUACCUGUUCGCGUACGUCGAUGGCCUGCAUUACGAAGUGAUGGGCGUCAGCAAAGCGUUCACGUUUCAUCAUCGGGACGAAAUAUGUGACUGUAGUAAUGCUAAUAGUAUCACAGUAGUCCACAACAACGAUUUCAUUAAUGAACCAUCAACGGUGGCCUCAUUAAAUCAUUUGGAUACCACCACUGUCAGGACGAGCACGAUAAUUCCAUCCUUUAUGGAUAUGCAAUUUAUCACCGCCAAAUCCCAAUGUUCAGUUUGCGGAAUUCCAUCAAAUCAUCGAUUAGUGUUGGAACACUUGAAAAAAAACAUCAAUCACUUGUCCGAAAAUGAAUUGAUUACCAAUAGAGAAUACAUAAAGUAUUUUUUGAAAAUACCUAUAUUAUAUUUUAAAUGGGAAAGGGGUCUGGAUAGGACUUGGUUUCAACACUAAUAUUAUAUUACCUAUUACCCAACUUAACGGAUAAUCUAUUUCGGGAUAAUCCAAGUAGGUAGGUUAGAUUAUAGUACCCGAUAGUACUUACAUGUACCUUGACAUGUAUGUCAUUAUUAUUUGAUAAUGAUUAAGGGGUAUUGGGUAUGGUUUUACAAAUUGUCUCCAAUUUGGUAAAAUUUGAAAUUGUGAUUUUCAUUUUAAUGAUCACUUCGAUUAUAAUACUUUUCCAUUAAUCUACUGUCCAAUGCCUGAUGUUCAUUUAGUAGGAACAAAUGAACAAAUUAAAUUCGUUUUAGUCAACAAAUAUUACGUUUUAGAUCGAAAAUCCAGAUAAAACUGGGAAUUGCAGUGUCUGACGGAUAUAAACUUUUAAAACUUUUUAUGUUUCUUUAGGUUCUGUACAAGGAUACCUAUACGUCAGAAUACAAUUUAAUUUUAAAUUACCAUAAGUAAAAUAAUACAAUAUGUAUUUUCAUAUUCCCUAAUGAAGAACUAAAAAUAUCAUAAUAUUUUUUCAUAAUUGAAAUCCGUUAAAGACAAUUUUUAGUUUUAUCUAGAUUUAAUAAUCUAAAUUGAUUAAUGUACACACCAUUAUUUAUCUCAUAAGGAGCCCGGUGCUGGUUUUUCAAAUUUUUUCUAAUUUUUAAAAAUAUUUUUAACAUUUCAAUUAUCAUCUUAAAGAUAAGAUUUUCCAACGUAUACUACUACCCGAUAUUUAUUUAGAGGGAAGAGGUAGGGCCGAUUUUACUGACAAAAAUGACUUCAUGGAAAUAGUGAAAAUUUAUUGUCUAUUUAAUAUCUUCAUAAAAAAUGUUUAAUUGAUAAACAAUAAUAUUCUACAGGCCGCAUUGAACUCAGAUUUCAAUUAAUGUAAAAAAAUGGUAAAAUAAAAUUUAAAAUUCACUUUUUUAAAACCUUAAGAAUGAAAUAUUGAAAAAGGAGUUCAUAUCUUCCUUCUAUUAUACAUAUAAAACAAAUUAAAUAGGGUUGAUUCUACUGUAACAGUACCACUAUUUUCGUAGAUUUCUGUGAUUUUGUGGGUAAAACGACAUUUGCACCGGGUGCCUUAGUGGUAAACUAGAUACUAAAAUAGAGUAAAGGGCAGAAGACCAAAGUGCAAGUCAUACAUAUAUACAACCUUCUAUAGAUAAAUAUAAAUAUCUUAAAGGUAACGUCCCGUUAAAAUAUUUUUUUAAUGUGUAUUUAUAAAAAUUCGACGCCUUUUUGGAUUUUUAGGCAAACUGAAUGUCUGGCAAACUGCAAUGUAUUAUUAGAAUACCAAAUGAUGAAAACCAAAAUGUUGAAUCGAGAAAAAAUAAAAUAUCAAAGAUUCAUCAAUGAUUUGAUAUUGAAUCUAUUGAAAAAUCGCAAGACCACUUUAAAAGCAGACAAAAAUACGAUUUUCAUAAAGAUGGACGAAACUCAUGAAAGUGGAUACUCCGCUAAAGAAAAGUUUAUGGAUUCCAUUAUUAAUUCACAAAAACAAGUUAUUACGAAUUUAACCGCUAAGCAUAAGGAAGUAUUAAUUAUGAUGAAAACAAAGGAAUUGUUUUCAAAAGUUUUGUAA